GCUGUAAUUGUCGCUGUUGUUGUUGCUGUUAUUGUCGCUAUUGUUAUCUAGAUAUUAUCAGCGCACUUUCUAAUGUCGGCGCGCUUGUUAUCCAGCUGUGAUAGCACAUCAUCAGCUUUUUACGGCCCAGAUUGCAGUACAGAUUAUUAACAGACAACAGAGUAGAAAACUAUGAUAGUAUCAUCCUGCCCCUCCAGCCGACUUAGCAUGAUACCAUUCUCCAGAGAGCGCACCAUGCCCCCAUUCUCCAGACAGCGCACCAUGCCCCCAGUCUCUAUCAAGGAGUACAGGAAGUUAAAAGAGCAGGAGGAUAAAGGUAGAAACUCAGCACUCUCCGGUUUUGAUGUUAGGAAGAUAAAAACAGCCCCUCCCGCCAGAAAAUCCUCCUCACGUAAAUCCUCAUUCAUAUUUCAGAGACAACCCUCCAAACCGGAAGUUAGACCGUUCUCAGAGUCGAGGAAGAGUCAGAGUGUACCGACUAGUCCGGGACCUAAGACUAGCCCAGAGCCACGAACAACCAAGCGGACCAGGGACAAACCUCAGACUGACUACUUCAAGGACAGAUCGUACAUGUCUGACGUGUACUCUUGGGCUAGGAAUGGGGAGGAGAAAAGUAGCGAGCAGAUAAAGGGAAUGGAACUGACGGAAACGAUAAUGAACUACAAACCAGAGCGCCCCAAAAAGGGCGUGUACCAGAAAUCAGAGAACGACGACCCCCUGAGGGCAGGUCUGGGGUAUGAGGGCUACAUGGACUGUUUGUUGAGGGGGCGGAGACACCGCCUCACUAGAAAGCAGUGGCUAUUCCCGCAGGGUAUUACAUCAGAUCUAAAGAACGAGCAGCCAACACUGGUUCCGGUUAACAGCAUGGUACGAGAAUAACCACGUGCGCGCGCGACGAGAAUAACCACGUCACUGUAACGCUGGCAUUCCUAGAGACUAUAGUUGGUAACUAUGCUAGAGACUACUAACAUCUUAGUUCUUCGUUCCGAGAAUAUGUACAAUGCAAGCAGAUCAUUAGAUUUUGAGACAGAAUCUUAUUUGGUGAACAUGAAAUGCAACAACGAACUUGGAGGAUUUUUCUUUUUACAUCAUUUAAGAAAGGACGUUUUGAGUGUUGACUGAUCUAUAUUCUAUAACUCCAGAGAAAACGCCUGAACACGAUUCAGAAGCAUUGUUGUAUAAUCCUGUUCAGAAGCACCAAGUGUCCUUCAAAAAGAAUGGUGUUAAUUAAUUUUAAAUCAGAUUUUACGAAUUAAUCUAAUGUUUAAAUGAAAAUUUGAUUAUAUUGUUCAGAAUUUUGAAAGGAGUCUGAACAAAACGCACUCAGUUUGAAGAUUUCCGACUUUCUAUUUAGUAUUUAUAUUGAAACUGUGCUAUUUGUUUGGUUUUGCAAUGAUUAAAUCAGCAG